UUGCAGUCGCCGCAGAGCAACAUGGCGACGCUGAGGGAAGUGUGUCAGUGGAUAUCCAACGCUGCUGUGCUCGGGAAGCGGGGGGUUCUUCUUGUUCGGGGACUGUACUAUUCAAAGUGUGUGAUGUCGGGCUUGCAUCGCUUGUGUGUGAUGGUGUAGACAUCGCACCACCUCGAAGCGAUGAACCGGAAGUGCCCGCAGCUGUAUUCCCGUUGGAUGAAGUUGCACAUGGUGUUUUGAGGAAGCAGUGAUAAGACGGCGGUGAGUUGGGCUCUUGACUUGACGAGUUAAGAGCAAGUGGGAGGUGGAGCACACGAACUGACGCGGUCACUCUUAACUGGCGGGGAGAAGACCCGCUGCUCUUGUAUGUACCCGAGAGGAGAUCCCAGGGAUAUCACCAGAGGUAACGGAGUCUCACCUCCUCGGGGAAUUCUAGACCUGGAAGACCUCACGUCUUGCUUCAAUUUCUGGUUCUGGCGACUUGCAGCAAGACUAGAGGGCGAAAGGGCGAACAAAUGCCGACGAGUCGCACCGAAUCUCGAGAGGUCUCAGAUCGGGGAAUCGAACGCGGUGCAGGAGAUUCCAGCCAUGGGCUUGGGAGAUACCUCCGAGUGCCGCGGAGGCGGCCAGAAGGAGUCAGACAUGGGCUUGCUCAGAGCGUCGUCCCACCAAUCUUUUUCGCAGGGGGCGCGCCAUGAGGCGGUCGUUGGCCCAUGGGGAAGGGGUUCAGGGGGUUCAGGUGACCGUGGGGGACAGGCCCGUAAUUUGAACCCUUCCAGCUGGUCGACCUUGGCUGCUUUGCUUUUUUUUGUUUGGUCUGGGCUGCCGGCAUCCCGGGACCAAGGACUUGGGAGCGGCAUUGGCCCGAUGAGGGUGGCCAGGCGAACUUUUCCGAGGCGCGGGAGGCAACCUCCACAAUUCAAGCUUCUGCUUCAUCUCCGUGCAAGCGGCCCUGGGUUUGCCGUGCAACAACACGCUGAGAGAGUGACGGUGUGCUUCGGAUGAUCACCGUCCCAGGAGGGUGAAAUGCAGUUCCACCACAGCCCACCUGACGCGCAGUGCACUGGAGCACAUUCUUGCGCAGCGGUCCGCAGAUGUGAGCACUC